AUGGAUUACAGUGAUGUAUCUUCAACUUCAUGCUCCGCUGAUUCUGUUUUCAAGCAGGAUAAUAAGGUGGAUAUCCUUGAAAUAGAAAAAGCAGAACGUGAAAAUUUUGAUAAUUACCAGACAGAAGCAGUUCUUGGUGAAGGAACUUACGGAAGAGUAUACAAAGUGAAGUAUACAAAAAAUUAGCAAAGCUAUGCACUUAAAAUUUUCAAGCCCAUCAACCAUCUAUAGUAAAUGUACGAAAAAGAAGUCACAUCUUUGAAAAGAGUCAAGGGUUAUAACAAGUUUGUUUAGAUUUUCGCAUAACUUGACUAAUUCAAGGAGAAAUAUAAAGGAAUAGUUAUGGAAUUCUGCAGAGGUGGUGAAUUGCUCAAGUAUAUCAUGGUUAACAAGGGUCUUGAUGAAGAAAAUGUAAGAUCCCUUUUGCAUUAAAUUGUUGAUAUAUUAGAAACACUCUAAUCACUCAACCUUGCUCACUUGGAUAUUAAAGCAGAAAAUUUCUUCUUAGAUUCCAAUUUUGAUUUGAUUUUAGGAGACUUUGGUAUGUGCGAAGAACUAACAAGCCCCAAUCAAGUUCUUAACAACUACAGAAAGGGAUCUCCGUCUUAUCAAAUAUUUGAGCUUUACAAGCAAAUACCCUACAGAGCUUUCGAUGCUGAUAUCUUCGCAGCAGGUGUUACUAUCUUUUCAAUGUACUCCUGCCUCCUCCCCUUCAAGCAAUUCCAAUCGUACGGUAUCUUGUUUAGCAAUCCUGCACAAUUCUGGACUUUGAUGAGAAAGAACAGUCCAAACCCUGCCUUCCAAGAUAAUCUCUCAAAGGAUUUCGUUGAUCUAUUUAUGAAAAUGGUUCACCCACACCACGACAAAAGAAUCACCGUAGAAUAAAUCAAGUAGCAUCCUUUCUAUAUUGGAGCAAACAGCCAAUAAAUAAAUCCUGUAAUUGUUAUGAACAAUAUCAACAACAACCAAAAUACAUUCAAUGCCGAAUAAAACAAUAAAGCAGAAGGUUCUGAGAAGGCUUUAUAUAGAGGAAUCCACUCUACAAGCAUCAGUGAAGAAUUUGAAAAAUAUGAAUAUGAAGUAAGCAAUUUAAAAAGAUAAAGAAAACCCAAAGUUUACAAUGAAUAAUAUGGCAAAUUGAAUGAUUUCAGUACUAAUAUAGAUUGUGAAACUCUUUUCAAGUUCCUUUUCGUUAAACAAGAAGAAUUUACAUCAGAAGUGCCAAUCCUGAGUGACAAAUCUUACAAACUUAAAUGUAUUUACAAAUACAGUACUGCCCAAGAUAAAGUACAAGAAGAAUUCUCUCAUAUUCAAGUGAACUACGAUACAUGUGAUGAAUCAGUCUAAGAAAUAUUUAAAGACUUCAACUUUAACAUCAAUAAAAGUAAUGAAGAAAAUGUCCUCCAUUUCAAUAUUAGCUUAUAAACAAACUCUAAAGACUCUAAGACUUAUGUCAUCUUCACUAAGAAGCAAGGUGAUUCGUUUGAGUUCUUCAAGCAUAUUGCUGCUAUCUAAGAGCUUAUUAAAACCUUCAAUUGA